AUGACUUUCAGUGGUCCUAGCCAUUCUGCAGCUGGCGCUAACAAGCAAGGAAAUAAGCCUGUCGAAUUAUUCUGUUAUGGCUGUGAAAAGAUGAAACCUCAGUAUGCUUUCUCUAAAACACAAAUUGCAAAGACAAACUCAAAUAUUAGUAACCCUUACGCUCCUGGUGGUAGAACUAAAAAGCAACAUCACACCAUAUGUAAACAAUGUACCCCGCAACAGAAUGAAACUUUAACCUGUAUGCUUUGUACACGCACCAUGCCUUUGGAAAAGUUUGCAAAGGCUCAAAGAAAAAAUGCUGAAAAAGCGAGAUGUAGUGAAUGUAUGAUAAAACGUGAAGAAGAAGACAUUGACGACAGUGAACCCGAAGAUGAUGACUUUGAUGGACCACGCUAUGAUACAUGGGAUGAUAUCUUGUAA